UCAGGCCAGUGGCCCUGUGGUCCCCACCAGUGGUCGGCGAGCGGGUCGGCGCUGAGGGAGUCGCCGCCCUCCAUCCUGUGCGCGCUGCGCUCUCGGCCCCUCCGGCCCCGCCUGUCGGCCGCGCCGCGUCAUGCCAGGAGCUGCUGGGUGCUAGUGCCCGGGCCGCCGCCCUCCCACCCGCCCGCCCGCGCAAAGCCGCGCCCACUGCCCAGAGCCAGAGGGAUGGUGGUAGUCACGGGGCGGGAGCCAGACAGCCGUCGCCCGGACGGUGCCAUGUCCAGCUCCGACGCCGAAGACGACUUUCUGGAGCCUGCCACCCCGACGGCCACGCAGGCGGGGCACGCACUGCCUCUGCUGCCGCAGGAGUUCCCUGAGGUCGUCCCCCUUAACAUCGGAGGGGCUCACUUCACCACACGCCUGUCCACCCUGCGGCGCUACGAGGACACCAUGCUGGCGGCCAUGUUCAGCGGGCGACACUACAUCCCCACCGACGCCGAGGGCCGCUACUUCAUCGACCGCGACGGCGCGCACUUCGGCGAUGUGCUGAACUUCCUGCGCUCAGGGGACCUGCCACCCCGGGAGCGCGUGCGGGCUGUGUACAAGGAGGCCCAGUACUAUGCCAUCGGGCCCCUCCUGGAGCAGCUGGAGAACAUGCAGCCACUGAAGGGGGAGAAGGUGCGCCAGGCAUUCCUGGGGCUCAUGCCCUACUACAAAGACCACUUGGAGCGGAUCGUGGAGAUUGCCCGGCUGCGCGCUGUGCAGCGGAAGGCCCGCUUUGCCAAGCUCAAGGUCUGUGUCUUCAAGGAGGAGAUGCCCAUCACCCCCUACGAGUGCCCACUGCUCAACUCUCUGCGCUUUGAGCGGAGCGAGAGUGAUGGGCAGCUCUUUGAGCACCACUGUGAAGUGGACGUGUCUUUCGGGCCCUGGGAGGCCGUGGCUGACGUUUACGACCUGCUGCACUGCCUGGUCACGGACCUGUCGGCCCAGGGCCUCACCGUGGACCACCAGUGCAUCGGGGUGUGUGACAAGCACCUCAUCAACCACUACUACUGCAAGCGCCCCAUCUAUGAGUUCAAGAUCACGUGGUGGUGAGUAGCGCUGGCAGGGAGCAGAGUCCCGUCAGGGAGGGUAGCCGGUCUCCGUGGUGGUUCUGGGAGCGCGGUCCCCGGAGGGGCUCCUGGCUGCCCCAGCACCUCCUGAGGUGAGGAUGGGUCCCAAGGCUCGGCUCCAGGAGGACGGAGGGGCAGCCCCGGGCUCCCCGGCUACACCUUGGGGCCAGACUCGAGGCUGGUGUUCCCCGGAGGCCCUCAAGGCACGACGGUCUCUGCCCAAGGCUGAUGGGGUCCAGUUAGCAAGGGCUUGACCAGCAAGUCCAGAGAGGUUUUGUCAUUUUCUUGACCUUGCAAGAGAGUUUGUGCCCUUUUAGAGCCACGUUGCCAAGCUGAUGUAGGCAUAACCACUCUUCCACCCUCAUCCUCAGUGUCUCAGUGAGAACCUAGAACAUGGUGGGGGGGACUUUGCCUGCGGGCCCCCCCACAGCCCCUGACUGAAGAAGGAGCAUCUUGUUUCCUUCUUCCCCCAGCGAAGGCCCCAUGCUUCAUUUUAGGAUGUGGAAAGAGUCUUUUCCUCCCGAGACAUACUCUUCACCACCUUUUGGAGAUGUUACCCUAGUUGCCAAAGCCAUGCACCAGGUUGGCCUUAGAAAAGCACAAUGUUUACAGCCCUGCCUCAGGGUCUGGGCUUCUCCUUUCCACCAACCUGCCUUGCUUGAAGGGUGAUUGCCUCCCGGGACUGGAGUGUACAUUUCAGGGACUCCUUCUGAAGUCAGUCAAGCAGGCAGGAUGCCUAGAUCUUCUUUGAGAUGUAACAUCCUUUCUAGAGGCUCAGAAUCCCUGCUUGGCCACUAUUCCAUGUGUUAGGAUCCAGUUUACGGUGAACCUCCCUGGACGGGGAACCCCUGUUGCUUUUUCCCGUCAGUGUUCUCCUUCUAGGAGAUUGUCUGUCUUGGGGAAGGGAAGAAGGGGCUGGGGGAGAGGCGCAGCUGUCCCUGGAGCUGAGGGAUGACAAGCAGGAAGCCAGUUUGGAGAGAAGAAGAUCCAGCAGCUUCUGCUCCACUGUGUUUCCUUCUUGCUAUGUCUGCAGCCUGGGGCCGCCAGUCGGGGGUGGGCCUGCGUGCCCAGGAAAUACUCUGCGGCCCCAGUCAUUGGAGCGGGCAUUCCCUGCAGUCGCAAUUGAACUUAACCGCUCCCGGGUGCUCUUACAAGAUUUUUUUCCUAUGAGCCUCAUCGGUCUCAUUCUUCCAGGAGGAGACUGGUGAGGGGGGCGGGAGCUGAGGAGAAGCAGGCCAGACCUCGGCUGAAUUCCCUCACGCAGUGACCCCUUGGCCACUGUGUGAGAAGAUUCCAGGCAUGGGCUCCCACUCGUACAUUGUAUUCUCGUGUGCGUGGAGCAGGCGUCCAGGCCAACAUCGGAGGGGAUGGUCCAGUCAGUGCUUCAGGUUCCGAAAUAACGCAUCCUCUCCUUGUUCUCAUCUGCAAACGGAUUGUCACUUUUCUGGAGCUGACAUCCCUGCUUGGACCCCAGUAGCACAGCCCUUGCCUUGUUCUCACAGGAAAGUGUCUGAUUUAAGUUGCCCAGACUGGCCAGUAGCUUGAACUCCUGUAAAAAUUUGUUUUCUGACAGACAGUGAGACAGGCUCUUCAGGAGGGAGCCGGUGUGAGGAGAAAGCAGACAGUGAAGCCCAGAUCUUUCAGUAAUCCCACCUCUGCCCCUUCUCUCUCACUCCUCAGCGCAGAGCAUCACAGCACUGUUAUUUUAUUUUUUUAUUUUAUUAUUUUUUUAUUGUUGUUAGCUCUCAGUUAUUUAGAGUCCACACACAAAAGACAGGGAGCAACUGGUUCACGCAAAUGCAGGUUUGCUCAAAAUCAGGCCCUUAAGACUUGCCGGGGGCUCCAGGGGCACUGAGUAAGAACACUGGCCCUGUGCCUCUUGCUGGAGACACCCCUGUUUCUCUGCUCCCCGAGUUUUCCUCGUGUUGGGGUGCUCCGUGCCUCCGUGGGGAGACAAGGCUAUAGGCCGGUAGACCAGGCUGGGUGGAGACACCAGCAGCUAGCUUAGAGCUCUUUCCACAUGGAGUAAGAGAACUUGAUGACCACGUUGGGCCAUCCUCUUAUGAGAAGCCAAGGCCAGGCUGCAAAGUGCUGUUGGACAUGGGGGUUUGUGGCGAUGGCCUCCGAAUAAAGGUCAGCUCUGAGGAAGUGACCUCUCCCAGUUGGGUUCCCUUUUCAGCUGUCAGUGGCCAGGCCCAGAGCAUAUGAAGGGUUGGGUCAGGAAGGAGGGUUCCAGAGGACAACUGCUUCCCAGAGUGAAAGGAAGUCCAUGUUCAUGGAAUUCUUGUGCGUAACGUCAGUUGGUCAAACCAAAGGACUUUGAAGCUUCCCUUACGUUUGACUUUGGGCACCUUUUCUCCCAGGAGCUCUGCUCAGUCGUUGGGACGGUGCAAGUUUUAGGAGAUAGGACUGCAUGGUGCAAUGCUAGCUGCAAUUUAGUAAGAAUGAAAAACUUAACAGCAACUCAGUUUGCAAAGAUUGAAACACAACGAGAGAGACACAACAACACAGCGAGACCCAUCCCACCAUCCCAAGGUGGGGGAAUUCUUUGGGUAAUGCUCUAAAUCGAAGAAAUAAAGGGAUCGUCAGCAUCCUUAUUCAACUUCUGGUGAGCUCACCAGGCUGUCAAGUGCUUAUCAUGUGGAAGGCAGUCAACUGUGCUCUGCAAUUUUCUGUCUUUCUCCCCGGGAUUUGGGACAUUCUGGGAGCUGUCUGGAGUCUUGUGCCUCCGGCUGCUCAGGUGAAGUCAUCUUCCUGUUCUGGGUCACUCAUUGGAGGACUUGGAAAUUGACAACCGCAAGCCACAGUGUUGGGUGAGCCUCAGGGUAUCAUCUUGGUCUAAGCUGUAUCCUCUAAUGGUUAAGACAGAUAACAACAGAACAGAAACCACUCACUCCCAGCAUUUUGAUCCCAGUUAGGAUUUCAGAUAUCUUCCUUCUGCAUACCUUCUGUCCGUAUUUGAUUGUACCGUAAGUGACUAAGCUCUCUCAGGUACCAUUUUGCUGUGGCUCUUUCAAGAAGGUGGUGCCUGCCUCAUGAUGCUUAUUACAAGGGAGGGUUUAUUCAUCAGAAGCCAGAGUUGUGGGAGCAGGGGCGGGAGAGGCACUUUUUGGAAUUUUGGAAGAAUCAUACGUGUAUACACAUAUGUUAACUGGGGUAGGGUGGGCUGGCUGAGGGGUCGGGAGAUGGGAACGGAGACCAAGAAGGGGAGCAGGCAGUUGCCUCUGGGUGUGGGAGGUCACGGGUCCUUCGUCGUCUGUAGUGUUGGGUUUGUGUACGCCGUAUGAUGCUGCCUGUGUUCCUUCAUUUUCCUGUCGGUGAGGGCUUUGAUCCACAGAGCCUCGGUACCCUCACUAGCAUUAAAGUCAAGAACUAGAA